AUGAGUGUGAUUUACAUACGCUCCUCGCGGCCACAUGACCUGGAAGCCGAGGGCCAAGCCAACGCCGUCAAGAAGCGCAAAUGGAGAGUCUCGAUUCGUGUCAACAAUAAUGCCCCGACCUCGGCAGAUAUUGAGGACCCGUUUCUCCAAGUUGACUACAAGGGAGUCUUUGAGCAGUAUUUGCGAAGCUCCGACAGGCCCCGCUGGAGCUCCCAGAAUCCGAUCCCCGAAGAGGAGGAUGCAAUAGAGCUGGCAGAGAAGCGAAUUGAAGAGUACGGCAGGCUACUGUUCGACCAGCUGGAUAACCAGACAGGUCUCUUCAACUCCGGCGAGUCUGAAGCUCAAAUCUAUGUGGUUGAGCAUCACGAGAACCGCGCCGUGGGCAACGGCGGCAUUCAUUGCCUAGCGUGGGAGCUACUAGAGUCCGUAGAGAUUGCACGGCUACCCAAAUUGCGCUUGCGCGUGACGCGGGUCAGUGACUUCCCGGCUCCUCGAUUCCUUGAACCGCCACGACCAGACGGCCCGCGGCUAGCAGCAAUUCAAGCAGACCGCAACGCCACCUUCAACAUUUUGCUGGUUAUUGCCCGCGACUUUUCCCGCACCGGCGCCGAACGAGAUCCGGAGCCAGACCUGGCACAAUGGCCACUCAUGAAUAUUCAAAAGAAGCUCCGAAGCCGUCUUACCCUCGAAAUUGUGCGGCCGGGUAGCCUCGAAGAACUAGACCGUCAUUUGGACAUACGAGCCAAGCAAAAUGUCGACUUUAAUUUGGUUCACUUUGACCUCCACGGGCGAAUUAUGCGUAAUGAGUCCGGCGUACCGGUUCCCUGGUUGUUGUUCGCAAGGCAGCAUAGGCCCAGUGCUUCAGAGUAUUCCUUCCCUCAGACGCAACUUGCCAAAGCUGAAGCCGUUGCCGAGGUUCUUUCUCGGCAUCGGGUCGAAAAUGUUGUGCUCAAUGCAUGUCUAUCGGCAUACAACCGGUCUGGUGCCGCAACCAACUUGGCACACAUAUUCCUCCGACAUGGCAUUUCAAACGUCUCGGCCAUGUGGUAUUAUGUUCACUGGAAGACAGUUAAAACCUACGUGGAAGCCUUUUACGACAAGUUACUCAUUGAGUGCCUCGACUUUCACGUGGCGGCCCAGCGAGCGAGGGAGUCUCUGCGGCGGCAGCCCACUAGUCUCGCUGAACGGACAUUCCAAGAUUUCUUCCUUUGUGUCAAUUACGCGCGCGACGUGCAUAGGACCGACAGCAUGCUGCGCGAAGUCAGCCCGUCGCCUUCGGCCAAGUCGCACGAGUUGACAAUAACCUUGUCCAAUACCUCGACGAGGAGCUCCCGAAGCGGGAUUCGGAUAAAAUCACCAUCAAGGUUCGCAGAUAGCUUUGGCUUUGACGAUGAGCCAAUCUUGCGACUUCGGUUGCACCUUUUGGAGCUCGAGUACAAGCUCAUGACAUUCAGAAUCAUAUAUGCUAGUGAUUUAGACCAGGCCGGCUCCGACCUGAAUGGGACGCUGGGUAAGAUGGUCAAUAUGUGGCUCAACACCAAUCUCAUUGAUGAGGUGCAUUACUACAAGGCAAAAGACUUUAGCAAGCGCAAUCUCAUUUCUGGGGCUGUCUCGGUGUCUCCGCGUACCAAGCACACUCGAUUGAGUCACGGUGGUCCACUACAGCGCCUGUUUCCGCGUACUGUAGAUUCGCUGCGCCAGACGUUGCAUAUUGUCAAGGAGGUUGACAGCGUGGUGGAUCCGGGGAUGCAAGCUGACAAGCUAGAAAACCAGCGACGAGAAGAGCGGCGGUUUCUAGCUCAGGAGGGUUUACAACAGUUUGCCAGUAAACUGCAUGAGGAGGGCUGUAGUUAUAUGAUUUUUGUAGGAAGUCAAAAUGCCCAAUGGUGGCGAACAUAUCUCCAAGCUCUUAACGGCGAGUGGUGGCUAAAUAUGCCGUGGAGCUUUGCUGUACAUACACGAUUUACUAAGGAGAUGUAG